GCUUCAGUAACUUCGAUACCUUCGAGCGAGUGAGUCACGUCCGAUCUCGAGCCCGUCCGUCUAUCGAGACGCGCCAAAAUAUUUCUAUUUACGAUUAUUUCGUGUUAAUUUUCGUCGAUAUUCUAUCGUGUCGUUAAUAAUGUCGCGAUUCGUUUGUCCACGAUGAGAAGAAGACAGAUUGGCUUAUUGCGUUUUACAUAAUGCAAUAAACGUAUACCGGAAUGGUGUAUAACCUGUUUGUAAACACGACAGACGCGUGACCCAAACGACUUAAAAUUCUCGUAUAUUCUACGCCGAACAUAAAAUUGAAUAUUCGUCGCGAAGAGUGAGUGAAUUUUUACGCAAUUAUAUACGAUACGCAAUUAUUAUAUUUGCGAAAUUUUGACGAUAGUGGCGUCAGUGGCGUCUGUCCAAACAUCGACAAUCGAACUUUCAAAUCGAUCGCUGAUUGGUUAUAUCGAAUGAGCGAUUUUUCCAUGUAGUGUCGUUCGUCUGAUUUUAUUCUUCGGUCACAUUCGUUCGUUCCAUUGUUUUCAAAGCUGUUUUGUUCGUUCCAAAGCUUUCACUAUGAAGAUGAUCUACUUCUUCGCGAUUCUCUGGACACUAGCUGUUUCUACGUUCUGCGAGCCAGUGAACGAACCUCCGAAAACGAAAUUGACGAUUCUAAAAUGUUGUCGACACAUGGAGGAGUUGGAGAAAGAAUUGGACAAUGACAUGGACGCCAAGUCUCGUUGCGUACCGACUCAGUUCGAUUGGAAACCUGUCAUCUAUUCGCCUUCCAAACAAAAGAUGUUGGCUACUCCGCCAGAAGAAUGGAAUAUCGUCGAAGGAAAGAAGCCAGAUUGCAAAGACAAUUCGGUGUUAACCUAUGUGCCGUACAGACACACGAAUCCAUUCGUGAUCAUGGACGAUGGUCGCGUGCUUCCCGACAUACACGUGAACGACACAUUCGAACCUAACGAAUACUGCGCCGAUUCUAAUGCCUUGCUCGUGUGUAUGAAAAAUAAAAUGAACGGCAGUCAUGCGGCUAAUACGAUGAGGCCACGAGUUAGACAAUGCUGUGGAGAAAAUGCGGCCUUCUACGAAGAAAUACAUUCGUGCGCCCAUCUGAAGGAAGCCGCGAACCCAACACCUUUAUUGCCGAAUGCGUCCGCCUCUGUUGAUAUAGUGCCUGGUUUCCCAACGUGUCCUCGUUCCGACAAUUUUACGAUUUUGGGAGAUGCGAAGGAUGCCGUAUUAUUGCCAGAUGGAGGCUUGAAAAUCGACGGAGUCACUUUACCGAGUGGCAAGUUCUGCGUCGAAAGGAUUAAGGAACUGAAUCACGUGUCCAAGGUCUUUGCUUGCUCCGAGAACGCAUCGCAAAGACCUAUAAUGCAAGCGGCCGAUAUCAGGUUCACCUUGUACCCCGUGGGCUUCAUCAUUAGCGUGGUCUUCCUGGCAGCCACGUUGGCAGCCGGUUGGCUGCUGCCAGCCUCUCAUCACGUUCUGCAUUGGCGCUGCCAGACUCAUCAUGUCACCUGCCUGAUGCUCGGUGAUCUUCUCAUGGCCAUCAUUCAACUCGCCGGAGACUCCCUUCACGGUGUAAGCUGUAAAGCCCUCGCAAUCAUGGCUCACUUCUUCUUCCUUGCCGCGUUCUUCUGGUUGAACACGAUGUGCUUCAACAUCUGGUGGACGUUCAGGGAUCUGAGACCGGCGAGCCUGGAGAAAGGCCAAGAGACCCUCCGACUACGAGUGUACGCCUGCUACGCGUGGGGUGGCCCCCUUCUGGUCGCCGGUUUGGCCGCCCUUCUCGAUCAUCUUCCGCCCCAACCUCAGUACACGUUCCUCAGACCCCGUUUCGGUGUGAAACAGUGCUGGUUCUACGAUGACAUGGCGAUCUUGGCAUACUUCUUCGGCCCCAUCGGCUUCUUGCUCGCUGUCAAUCUUCUGUUUUUCGCAGCAACCGCUCGCGAGCUAACGUGCGGUCUAUGGAAAGGCGAAUUCGUGAAAAGCACCACGGAACGAGCCGCAUUAGGCCGCGUGUGCAUGAAGCUGGUGGUCGUGAUGGGCGUCACCUGGGUGGCCGACGUUGUCUCGUGGGCGGUCGGUGGCCCUCAAUACAUCUGGUACUUCACCGACAUGAUAAACGCGUUCCAGGGAGUGCUAAUCUUCGCGGUGGUUGGCUGCCAGCCCCAGGUCCGCGCCGCGUUGAAGAGGAUCUGCAACAGGAACCCGAGGACGAACGCUGGAAGGCAGGGAAACGGGCUGAGCACCACCAGUCACGGGAUGCCCAGCAUGGGCGACAGCGUCAUUCAGAAUCCGAGCACGAAGACCGCCCCGCUGGAAACCAUCUGCUAAGCGACUUCCUCCGACCGAGCAGCUUCCCUGACCGGUGCGGCGUUGACCUCCGCUUCGGAGAUCGCCGCUCGUGGCCCACCAUCGUCCACGUUUAUCCACGAGCGCGGAAUUCGGUGGACAGGAAGCGGCGCCUGCUCGAAACGAGGGGAAGUUUGGAUCCCUCGAGACACGUUAAACAGACGCGGAAGUUGAUUGAGCGGAAGAACAUUGUAUACGAAGCGAUGAGCGCGCGAAACGUCCCAUUGAUAGAUCGGUACCAAGAAGCGGAGAAUUAAUCUAUUAGAUUCGGAUUAAAGUCGUCGCUAUAUAAAACGCGAUACAGAGGAGGAUCCUCCUCUGUGAUUGAUUUAUUCGAGUAUCGAUCAAAAGGAAACGCUGGUUUCCCCUUCUCUCUAAAUAAUGAGCGAAUGUAACGCGUUAUUAUGUUACGUUUGAAAAGAGAAAGAAGUUGUUGAUAUCCGAUAUGCAAGAAGCGAAAAGCAGCGUUGAUCAAUUCCCUCCUUAAAGUCGCUUCGAAAGGGGACAGAAGUUGGUGUUAAAGGUUCGACGACCUCGAGACCUUGAACUUGAAACAGCCGGACUUCCUCUAUCCCCUCGACCGCUUCUCGACACGACGACACUCGUUCCACGAGGAUUGUCUGGCCGCGAAGUAGGCCCCGGUUCCUCCGUUCGCGUUCUUAAACUUCUUUUCUCUCCUCUUUCCUCCUCGAGGUCGUCAACCUCGGCGAUACACGAUCGCGAAGAAGCACGCGUGCGACGUCGGCCGUGGUCGGCCGCACGUUGUGUCCCCCGUGGGCUAGGUGGAAAGCGGCCAUAACGCGCGAGCGCUGUCACUUUGAAUAGUUCAUUGUCGCGACUGGGAGCAGCACAAUGGAGAAAACAACGCGACAAAUAUUCAUAGAGAAGACCCGUCCCGGUUCGAGUUACCUCUCGAGGGAGAACCGCGUUCCUCGCUACUUACGCCCCCACCUUUCGCUCGCGUCAGAUCCUAGAUGUCGUCGCAAUUUUGAAUCCAUCUUCUCUGGAUUUUGUCUUCUCGUUCCGAUGAGCGAUUCUGACGCGAGAGUCCGUUGUCCACACAGGAAUUGUAACAACAGACUUUUCACGUUGUUAUCGUCCGAUUAAAAAUGAAAUGUUGGUCGCGACUAUCGGUCGGUAUUAAUAUUCGUUCAAUUUUUCUUUUUUAUUAUGUAUUAUUGAUGUCAAUCGAUCGUCGGGCGAUGUGGGAACGAACAGCGUAUGUGAUGUCUCCUCGUUUUUUCGAUUGAAAAAAAUCGAGCACAGUUGUAGAAUCGUUCACGUCAUUGAUAAUCGGCCGAUAUUCGUUUUUAAUGGGAAAAAAAAAGAGAAAAGGAGACUGUAAACUGAAUUGCGAAAACGAGAACGAUUUAUCACAGAUUACACAAUGAUUUAUCAUACGUUACGAUCGACCGAUUACUUCGAUUACGCGCAGAUGAACGAAGUUAACGAGAUGAUGUGCGGCCGAUACGAGACGCGCUGUUUCGAUAUUAAUAAAUGGCGCCAGGCAAGUGCAACGAGAUCGACCGCGGUUACGGUCGAAUUUUUGUUCCCCUCGCGACAAUAAGGGAUCAUCGAUAUUAAUAUAGUUGGUGAUCGAAAGGAGUCGGUUCUCUCGUCAGUUCGCUUUGCUUUGCUUUGGUUUUACGCGACGACUCGGUCGCACUUUCGCCUACGAUUUCAAUUUCUGCGAUUCGCAGAGGUGUGACGCCGAUGAUUUUAGACAAAUUUAACAAUCGUGAUGAACAAUCGUGAGAAAAUUGAAAAUUUCGAUUUGCGAGCGAACGAUGGACGCGACUCGCUCGGUCGUGAAAUUGAACGUGGAUGGCCUUGACCCGUGUUUGCAACCACGGUGUGUCGAGAAAGGACGAACGAUGAAUUCCGUGCUUUCUUCUAAGGCUCGCCCCGCUUCGUUAUUCAUCGAGCGUGCCUGGAGCCACGAGCGAUCGCUCUUCAAUUUCCUUUAGCAUAAAUUUGCAUUGGCACCGUGGCCCGUUACCAUCACAGCUACCAUUUAACGCGUUGAAUUCGAAGUCUUAUAACGUCGUUCAUUUCGGUCGCACGUCAUCUUCAAUUAAAUUCUUUCAAUUAUUUUCUUUCUUUCUUUCUUUUUUAUAUAGACAGAGAUAUUCAGAGAUACAGAUUUACUCUUCUCGUCGAUCAGUACUGUUUAUAACCUCCUUUGGAUCGCAGUAUCUCGGCAACGGACUACGAAAGAAAACUCGAAGGAAAGUAAUUCUCACUGCCACAGAAUUCAAUUUCAAAUUCGAGAAGACUCGAAGCCACGGAUUUAUUUUCAAAUCGAGUUGCGGAAAAAAAAUUUUGAUAAACCUUUACAUUGUUACGUCGAUCGCAAGCACAACGAACAUUUUCGUUCGUUUUGCUUAGAACAAACGAUAUAUUCUUUUUUUAUACUUUGAUACCGCAUGAACAUGAUUUUAUAUAGAUGAUACUUAUAUAGAGAUCGAGUUGAAAAAUUAUCGAUUAAAUUCGAAUGAUCGCCAAUUUCUUUUUUUUUUUUUUUUUUUUUUUUUAAGUACGGAUUAGUCACGUUUUCACGAAGUCAAACGUAGGUAGGUCAGGGCAUAAUGGACGACAACUCGUGACAAUACACAUUAGGAAUUCAAUGCCUUCUGAAAUGCCUUCCAAACAUGGUGUUCAACGUGCCGAAUUGUAUACAAUGGAGAAACAAGCGGAGACCGUAUCCCUCUCGGUUCUCCUCUCAUCGCGUGUACAACGCGAGAUUGCUAUUUCUCCACGCGAUUUCCGGCGUAACUUCCGAUGACAUUCCUCCACAGAUUCAUUCAACUUGUGAUCGUGAAUUAAUUAAUUACACUCACGCUUGCUAUUCUGUACGAAGAAGCGAAGCAUCGAUUCGUAAUACGAUAGAACUAGAUUUAUAUGAAUCUGGUAAAUUCAUGUAAUAAUAGUCUAUCCAUUAUUUAUAUUAUUUCUAAGUUUUUAUUCGAGUAUCUAGAGUUUAAGUGUUCACAGUUUUAGCUUAUUCCUUCGAAUAUAUACAUAGUUGUACAUUAGUCCAUUUUAUUUUAUUAAUCUACGUAUAUAAUCGACGUUCGAUUUUUCUUUUUUUUCUUUUUUUUUUCUUUUUAAUCUUUUCCAAAACGUCAAUAUAUUAUUUUCGUUUUCGAAAAGCAAUACGAAUGUCAUGGGAAAUCGCCGGGUGCGAUAGAACGCACCGUAUAAAAACCGUCUCACGUAGAGUUAGGUACCUCGCACUCGAGUUUGCUAUUCUUUAGACCACACGUUCGCGUAGUUUCUCGACACGUGAACGAGAGUAGAGUAAUCAUCGUCAUUGUUUCUUCAGGUGCAUUCAAGAGACUGAGCCAUGUACCCUUCGCUCACGUUAAACCGAAACUAUCCCAACUCUCCGCGAAGAUACUCGACAAUGUUUUUCAAAUACGAACUUCCUUCUGAAUCGAAUAUAUAACACUCUUGCCUUCGUUUCCUCGAUAAUAACAUCUAAAAUACAAAUCUUUUCGUUUCGUGCACCGCUUUCUGAUCAAACCUGUACGAUGGAUCUUCGAACGCAGAGGGACGGAUAGUUUCUCUAAAAUCAUAUUAGUUCCUUUUUCUCGUUGUAUGGAUGGUGGGGAGUGGAACGAAGUUGUCGAAGUUUCGCACUUUUUUUCGAAUAAUGGAGAAACGGGAGAUGGUACGAUACCUCGUCAACGUUCGCGUCCACGUAGCGUGCGUGUCGUGCAUGCGUGCACAUAUCGAAUAAUUGCGUGUCAAUGCGAGCGUGUGAACGGCACAGUGUAAUUAGCGCAUUAACGAGCAUUAACUUUGUUAUAAAUCCCUUGCUGUGUAUAAUCGGUGGCGGACGAACGCGUAACGAGCCGGCGACAAUUGUAAAAUUUCCAUUCUGUCCAAUAAUGUGAUCGUCGCAAGAACGAACUAGGCCGUCGUGUUAUUCCGCGUUAUAUCUGGAUCGAUUCGAGCGUUCAAAGAUCAAUUGCAUAGAGAAUUCUCGGCCAAUCGACAACCGUUGCCGUCGUCAAAUGCUGUUACGCUGUCUUUCGGUUGCCUGCCCCAUUGCAUCUCCUCGUGUAGAUAACAUUUCUCCCAUUCAUUAUGUUAAAAUAAUGUAAUUAUAAGUAAGCACGGUAGAUACGUAUAUAAGUUAUUAUUCGUAUCCGUCGCGUAAGACCGAUUCAAGAAAAAUAUAUGCGAACAAUUAUUAUAAAAAUGGUUCUACGUAAGCCAUGAUCGUAAGACGGAUUUCGAUGUACAUUAAUUCAACAUUCAACGUAUGAUAUUCGAUGAUAAUUUGUUACGUAGUUAAGAUAAUAUACGAGAUAAGAGGAACAACGUAGCCUUAAAAUUAAUUUAUUCGGAGUAGUCAUUGUUGGCGUAUGAACAAUAAGAGGAACGUAUAAUAUAUAGUAUACACAUACAUAAGUACACGUAAAAACGUAUAUAUGUAUAUAUAUAUACGGUAUACGGUAGCUUGCCAGUAUAGAGAGAAACGUAGAAUUAAGAAGAGAACACGUGAAUCACGACGAGGGCACGAAAGGAGAACGUCGAAAAGAGAUAACGACCGUGGCGAUCGUUACGGGAGAAAAUCCUCACGAUCAAGUGGAGAGACGCUUAUUGAGGACCGCGUGCCUUCGCGUAAUUUACGUGCGUGCAUUCGCAGCGCGGAAAAUCCAAUGUUGAAUUUAACAUCGAGGACGUUCCAAGUCGCGGUGAAACGCAUUCGGUAUGCGCAAUCGUGACCAGUUGAAUAUAUUGGAAAGUCUUUGAAAUUUUUCUAUCGAUGAAAGAUGUUGGAAUUGAAAAAAAGAAACGCGUCGUUGAUCAUAAUACUUGAUUCGAUAUGCUCGACUCGAUAUUGGAUUCUUGGCGAGGCGAAUGAUUUCGUAAAUUUGGCCAAAAUAGUUCGUCACUUUUUGUAUAUUUUUUACCGCGAUUUAGGGAGAAAGGCAGCGAAAAGAAUUGUUUUUAUCGUGGAAACUGUUACAUCGGGUGGAAAGUGGUUGAUUCUUUGGAGGCUAUUAUUGAGAGACAAUAGUAUUAACUCGUCGAGAGUAUUAGAGGCGAGCUCGUCUUGGCUCGAUUAGAGAACCGUGUAGAGAGAACAGCCGGAUUACCAUGGUAGAGAAAUUUAUGAUUACAACGACCCUGUACUACGGCCAAUCGUACACCAUUCCUGUACAAUGUAUCGUAACAGUAUUUACUAUCGCACUAAUGGUAAUAAAUGAUAACUGUUAGUACA